AUGAACGUCAUCAAGCUUCAAAAGAAGUACCCCCAGUUCCAGCAAGAUGAGAUAUUCGCCCUCCAGGAUGCGUUCAGGAAACUAGAUGUCGACGAUAAAGGCUACCUUGACGAAGCAAGUGUCAUAAAGGCGACACAGCAGUCAGAACGCCAGCCGUACGAUGUCGUGCGUCAAGCGCUGAAGGAGGUGGAACUGGACAGCUCCCGACGUGUGGAACUGGAAGACUACGUCGAUCUCAUCUCAAAGCUUCGUGCAGGUGGUCCGGCCUUUGCGCAGAACAAACUCCCCGGUGGACCGGUUCGAGCCGCUGCCCCCAUACCCGGAAACGGUGCCCCCUCUCCUCGGCAUGUUUCAAAGGGAAGCGUCGGUGGUAAAAUCCAUGUACAGGGUUCAUCUGCAAAUGUGACGCAUACAAUCAACGAGGAUGAAAGAACAGAAUUCACAAGGCACAUCAAUGCAGUCCUUGCCGGAGACCCGGACAUCGGCCAUCUUCUUCCGUUUCCAACAGAUACCUUCCAGAUGUUCGACGAAUGUAAAGAUGGAUUGGUUCUAGCUAAGCUUAUCAAUGAUAGUGUACCAGAUACUAUCGAUGAGCGUGUUCUGAACAGACCAGGCAAAAAGAUCAAGCAACUAAAUGCCUUCCAUAUGACGGAGAACAAUAAUAUAGUCAUCAACUCAGCGAAGGGUAUCGGUUGCUCUGUUGUCAAUAUUGGAAGUCAAGACAUCAUCGAAGUACGAGAACAUCUCAUCCUUGGUUUGAUCUGGCAAAUCAUCCGUCGCGGUCUUCUAGGAAAGAUCGACAUCAAGCUCCAUCCCGAGCUUUACAGGCUGCUGGAGGAGGACGAGACGCUCGAUCAGUUCCUUCGCUUGCCACCGGAGCAGAUACUUCUGCGUUGGUUCAACUACCAUUUGAAGAAUGCGAAGUGGGAAAGGAGAGUUACAAAUUUCUCGACCGAUGUGAAGGAUGGAGAGAAUUAUACAGUUCUACUCAAUCAACUUGCUCCUGAUGUCUGCUCCCGCGCACCCCUUCAGACACGGGACUUGCUUCAACGUGCUGAGCAGGUCCUGUCGAAUGCAGAAAAGCUGGACUGUCGCAAAUUCUUGACUCCUUCUUCGCUUGUUGCCGGAAACCCCAAGCUUAACCUCGCCUUCGUCGCCAAUCUGUUCAACACCCACCCAGGGCUAGACCCUAUUACCGAAGAAGACAAGCUUGAAGUUGAAGACUUCGAUGCCGAGGGAGAGAGGGAGGCUAGAGUUUUUACGCUCUGGCUGAAUUCGCUGGAUGUACAGCCAGCUGUCAAUUCUCUCUUCGACGAUCUGCGAGAUGGGACAGUAUUGUUGCAAGCCUACGAUAAGGUCAUCCCCGGUAGCGUCAACUGGAGACACGUAAACCGCCCCCCUGCCUCGGGUGGGGAAAUGAUGCGAUUCAAGGCCGUGGAGAAUACGAAUUAUGCCAUUGAGCUUGGCAAGCACAACGGGUUCUCCCUUGUCGGCAUACAGGGAGCCGACAUUACUGAUGGCCAACGUACCUUGACCCUUGGUCUAGUGUGGCAGUUGAUGCGGAGGGAUAUUACAAACACCCUCUCUUCGCUGGCGCAACGGAUGGGCAAGCGGGAGAUCACGGACGCUGAAAUGAUCCGUUGGGCAAACGACAUGUCGCGGAAAGGAGGCCGGAAUUCUGCAAUCCGUAGCUUCAAAGAUCCAUCCAUUGGGUCUGGCCUGUUCCUCCUCGAUGUGCUUAACGGCAUGAAGAGCAGUUAUGUGGACUACGACCUUGUGACUCCUGGGCGGACCGACGAGGAAGCGUAUGCGAACGCGAAGUUGAGUAUCAGUAUAGCGAGAAAGAUGGGCGCCACCAUUUGGCUGGUGCCAGAAGAUAUCUGCCAGGUCCGUUCGCGUUUGGUGACAACUUUCAUCGGAUCCCUCAUGGCCACCUACGAGAAGAUGUAA